AUGAUUAAUCCUGUGCAGACCUUCCCAGGCCUCCUGGCAGCCGCCACCUGCAUCCUGCUGGGCUUGGCGCUGCUGUAUCUCAUCAACCUAAACCGCCUCCUCAGCAUCACCCCUGAUGAGGUCAAGAAGCUGGCCGGUGACCGGUGGACCGACGACCAGGUCAGGAAGACCUACGAGCGCCUGCGCCAAAACCAAAUCACCACAGCAUCCUACGCACCACAGCUGCCUCCAAAGUUGAACAGGCGCUAUAUCGUGACCGGCGGCUCAGGUCUGGUCGGCGGGUACAUCGUCCUGCAGCUGCUCGAGCGCGGCCAGCCGCCCAACACCAUCCGCAUCGUCGACUUCCAGCAGCCACACAGGCGGGACCAGCUGGACCACCCGCUCUUCGACAAGAUCGACUUCCAGAAGACGGACAUCUCAUCUGCGGAAUCUGCCGAUGCCGCCUUCAGCAAGCCCUGGCACCCGUCCGCGGCCAAGCUGCCGCUGACCGUCUUCCACACGGCGGCGGUGAUCAUCCCGUCCGCGCGGUCUCGGCUCGUCAACGGGUUCUGCGAGGCCGUCAACGUCGGCGGCACCGAGAACGUCCUCGCGGCCGCGCGGCGCGCCGGGGCGGACGUGCUCGUCAGCACCUCGAGCGCGUCCAUCAGCAUCCGGCCCGUCGAGCUGUGGGUGCGGCCGUGGCGGUGGGCCACCGGCACCGGCACCUGCCCGCGCGGGUACUGCCAGGCCCUGGAGGAGUCCGACUUCUUCCGUCCGCUGCGGAGCCACGAGGAGUUCUUUGGGAACUACCCUGCCUCCAAGGCGAGGGCGGAGAGGAUCGUGUGCGGCGCCAACGGCAGGGAGUUGAGACGGGGUGCAUCCGCCCGGCCAAUGGGCCAGAUCUGCCCGACCUGGGCCAGCCACGUUGUCCAGAGCUUUGUCCAUGGCAUCAACUGCGCAUUAGCACAUCUGCAGUUCGAGUCAAUCCUCGCCGAGCAGGGCUCUCACUCAUCGCCCCAGGCAGGCCGCCCGUUUUGCAUCACGGACCCCAACCAGCCAAUCUACUACGGCGAUCUGUACGGCUUGUUGUCCAAGUUGGCGAUCACGCCCUUCAGGCUGGUGUCUCUGCCCCCGAUGCCAUUCGUGCUCGUCUCAUACUUGGUCGAGUUCUACUCGCUGUUGCCCUACCGCCUCCCCAGCAGCCUCGCCCGUUUCAUCCCUCCGCUGUCCGGGGACAUCAAGCACCUGCAGCCCGGCCUGUUUUCCAUCUGCACACACCUAGUUGCGGAUAAUGCAGACGCCGGAAUGGCUGUUAGCGAUGGUGGGCUGGGUUACCGGGGCGUGCUGACGACGCUCGAGGGUAUGUGCCAGGAGCUUGUGGACUGGAACCGCGAGCAGGAGGAGCACGCGACGCAGGCGGCGCUGGUUGCGGACGGGGCCAAGGGCGUGAGGUACUUCCAUAGCAGCGUGUCGCUGGCCGAGCAGAUGCAGAGGGUGGGCCUCGUGGGCAAGAAUGUGAAGAUGUAA